AUGGAGAUAAAAUUGAAGAUUGGAAGGAGCUAUCUGAAAAUUUCGCAGAGUAUAAUUACAUUAAAUUUGAGAGAUUCUCAAAUUAUCCUUGAAGGUAGUUAUAAAAAUAUGAAAAAAACCGGAAAAUGGAUUGCCAAAUAUAGAUACAGUGAAAGUAAGGGCUUUGAAAUCAUGUAAAAUUGGCUGUUUAUAUAAAUUAGAGGAGGUGGAGAUUAUGAGUAAAAUGGUUAAAAAUCUGGAAUAUGGAAAGAAUUAUAUGAAAGUUUUUCAGAGUAACAUUAGAUUUUAUUUAAAAGUUCCUGUUAAGUUAGAGAAAUAGUGUAAUUUUAAAACGGGAAAAAAGUUGGAAGAUCUGUUUUUGAAUAUCGGAAAAUUCAUGGUUCUUAGUUUAUUUAAAUGUUAUUAAUAUUUAUUAUUGCCAUUAGAGGGGAAGGUUAUUAUAAUUCAUAAGGAAGAAAAGAUGGUAAUUGGAAUGAGUUACACGAGAAAUUUAGAGAUUUUUGUCAAGUUACAAAAAAAGGGCAAUACUAAAAUGGAAUAAAAUAGGGUGAUUGGGCCAUUAAUUUUCGCGAAUUCACUGAUCAAGAAUUCAUUAAAAUGUAAAGUUCAAUAAUAACCAUAGUGGAGGUGGUUGUUAUGAGAAAGGGAUUAAAAAUGGAUAGUGGAUAGACAUUGAUCAAAAAUUUUGUAGAUCUCGCUAAAUAAUAUAGAAAUUAAAUUAUCAUUUUGGGUGUAGGGUUGGAAAAUCCGAAAUUUUAUUUAGAGCUCAUAAAACAAAUGAAUUCUCAGUUAUGUAUUAAGUUUGCUGAUUUCAUAGCGGAGAGGGAUUAUAUGAUACUUGCGGGAAUAAAAAUGGAGGAUGGCUGGAACCUCAUUAAAACUUUUGGGAGUAAAAUAGAAAUUAAAAAUGGCAGAUUCUUUUAAUUAUAUUAGUUUGGACAGUACAAAUCAGGAGUUAAGCAAGGGUUGUGGCAAACUUCGAAGGAUAUGUAAUUUGAACAAGGAGAUAUUAUCGCUAGUGGUACAUAUGAUAAUUUUGGAAAUAAAGAUAAAAAAUGGAGCGAUUUAAGUUGGAAUUGCCUGUUAUCUAGCUUCACUUUAUCUGAAGGAGAAUAUUCAGUAGGUAAGAGAAAGGGUGAGUGGGUAUUGAAAUUGCAAGUUUAUGAUGAAACUUAACUGAUUGGUUCUUGCAAUUAUGAUGAUAAUAAUUUAAAAGAUGGUCUUUGUAUUGACUUAGAUAAAAGCUUUUUCUUGUAAAUCAAUUUAUAAUUUUAGCAAUAAAUGUGCAUAUUAUUCGACAUAUAUACAUGGGAGAAAAACUGA